GUCGCCAUCAUGUUGACAUCAACUGUAGGGUUCCUCUGGCUAGCAUACCACGUGACUGUACCGGAAGAGCAACGAUGGAGAAAAGCUAACGAAGUGGCGUCCUCUUCUCCCAGUGUGACUGUCUAAUGGCAGCUGUUUGGCAGCAGGUUUUGGCAGUGGACGCAAGGUACAAUGCUUACCGCACGCCCACCUUCCCACAGUUCCGAACUCAAUACAUCCGCCGACGCAGUCAGCUGCUCAGAGAGAACGCCAAGUGUGGCUUUGAGCCGGGGCUGCGCAGGCAGUAUCUGAGGCUGCGCAGUCAGCUGCUGGCCCUGCGCUACGGGCCCCUGUCAGAGCAGAGCAGCUUCAGGGCCAGCAGUGUGCGCAGCUCCCGCACCACACUGGACCGCAUGGAGCAGGACUUCGAGGAGGACCCUCGUGCCCAAGGGGCUCGUGGCCAUCGCCGGUCCGUCAGUCGAGGCUCAUACCAGCUGCAGGCUCAGAUGAACAGAGCCGUCUAUGAUGAAAGGCCUCCGGGCAGUUUGGUGCCGACCUCAGUGGCUGAGGCGAGUCGGGCCAUGGCAGGGGACACAACUUUGAGUGAAAACUAUGCUUUUGCUGGAAUGCACCACAUAUUUGACCAACAUGUUGAUUCUGCAGUUCCACGGUUGCAGUUUGCCAAUGAUGACAAGCACCUCCUCGCUUGCUGCUCGCUCGAUGGCACCUUGUCCAUCAUGACGCUUUCCCCACCUCCUGCCAGCGUAAAGGUGACCCUGAAAGGUCACGGCGGUCCUGUCACAGACUUUGCUUGGUCCCUCAGCAAUGAUGUCAUCGUGUCAACAUCACUAGAUGGGACCCUGCGGAUCUGGAACACGGAGGACGGACGGUGUAUCCGAGAGGUCCGAGACCCAGAAUCUAGUGAGCUGCUCUGCUGCACAUUCCAGCCGAUGAAUAACAACCUCACUGUGGUGGGGAAUAGUAAGCACCACCUGCAGGUGGUAAACAUCUCCACGGGGAAGAAGGUGAAGGGUGGCUCCAGCAAACUGACAGGCCGGGUACUAUCACUGUCCUUCGAUGCUCCAGGAAGGAUUCUCUGGGCGGGGGACGACAGGGGCAGUAUCUUCUCCUUCCUUUUUGACAUGGCCACAGGUAAGCUGACCAAAGCCAAGCGUCUGGUGGUGAGUGAAGGCAGCUCCAUCUGCAGCAUUUCUGCUCGCUCUUGGAUUAGCCGAGAGGCCAGAGACCCCUCGCUGCUGGUCAAUGCCUGUGUCAAUAAGCUGCUGCUCUACAGGGUUGUGGAUAACGAAGGUGGGCUACAGCUGAAGAGAAGCUUCCCCAUCCAGCACGGCUCGCAGCUUGUUCACAGCAUCUUCUGCCCCCUCAUGUCCUUCAGACAGGGCGCCUGUAUUGUGACAGGCAGUGAGGACGCCUGCGUCUACUUCUUUGAUGUUGAACGCAACGCAAAGGCAAUAGUGAACAAGUUGCAGGGUCACGGGGGACCAGUGCUGGAUGUCAGCUUUAACUGUGAUGAGAGUCUACUGGCCUCUGCUGAUUCCACAGGCAUGGUCAUCAUCUGGAGAAGGGAGCAAAAGUAACUCAUGUACCAAUCAAAUGCUUCCAUGCUGCACGUGCAGACAAACCUGCUGGUAACCGUCCGGAAAGUCUGUAGAUUUUUUUUUUCUAUUUAACAGGCUGCUUUUAGACCUUUAAUGUCAUGUGUGUAAGUGCAAUCAGAACACCAUGCUACAUAGGGGAUGUUUUGGAGAAUUGUGAGGUGGUGGUUACUCUUGGUGUGAGUGUGUGCGUUUGUUAGUCCAGUGCAACUGAUUUUGUGUUUCUAGAAAGAAAGGAAGUAGCCAGUGCAUGUUGCUUGACUGAAUGAAUGUGGGGGUGUGACAAUGACAACCUCCAGAGAAAACAUUUUUCAACACUGUCAAGUCCCUCUGGUGUAACUAUUGUUCACUCUUUAUGUAACUGUUAUUGAAGCAGUGUGUGUGUAGUAAAAAAGCUCUAUUUGUUUUACAGGUGUGCACUGUCCUAUUUGCAUUUGAGACCAUCAUCACUAUGCUAAGAAACACAUUUUAAGUUUGUUUGUGCUCAUCUAUGUAUGUGUGUAUUUAUUGGAGAUGCUUACAGUUCAAUUUAAUGCACAUAAAAUAGACUCCUGUAAAUGA